AAUGUUUCUAGAUCAUCUACAAAGUCACAGGAGAGGACAGUUAUGAUUGAGAAAGUCCGAGAAGCUCCAUUGAGAUCGGUAGUCUCAGGGAAUGUGAAGAGUCAUGACUCGAGCGCGGAGAAGGUUUGGUUGGAGAGUGGGGAUAAGACAGUUGGGAGACAACCAACAAAACAGGAGAUGAUCAAAUUGAGAGAGGCGGAAAAGAGACAAAGAGUACAGGCUGCAAAGGCUAGACGGAGGAGUCAAUGAAGGGCCAUGAUCUUAUAUGCAUAUGAGGGGUCUCUGCUCAGCAUCAUUCUAAGAAG